AUGUAUUGUAUUUUGUUACAAGAUGCAGGCAUGUUAGCUGCAAAACCAGUCUCUUAUCCCAUGGAUCCACGACACAAGUUUUCUGAUUUUGAAGGAGAUCUUCUUGAUGAUCCUUCUCAAUUUCUUCGUUUAGUUGGACGAUUGUUAUAUCUUAUUAUAAAAAGACUAGACAUUGCAUAUUCGGUUAAUCGUUUAAGUCAAGGAAUGUCUUCUCCAAGACAAUCUCAUUUUCAAGCAGCUCAACAUUUACUUCGUUUCUUAAAACAAAGUCCUGGUCAAGGAUUGUUUUUGUCUUCAAAGUCAUCCUUGAUUCUCAAAGCUUUCAGUUAUUCAGAUUGGGCUGGUUGCUUAGACACACGACGUUCUGUUACUGGUUUUUGUAUCUUUUUGGGUGAAGCUUUGAUAUCGUGGAAGUCAAAGAAACAAACAACCAUUUCUCUAAGUUCAACAGAAGCAGAGUAUCGAGCUCUAGGAUCUACCACUGCUAAGGUUAUUUGGUUACGAAACUUAUUACGAGAUUUUGGCAUACAAUCUUCAAAUCCUACUUUAAUCUUUUGUGACAACAAUUAG